GACCAGAGGCUUUGGAAGCGCCUGCUCCCCUUUUCUUCUGCGCUGUAUCUCGUGCUGCUUCUCUUUGUCUCCUUGUUGUCACGAUUGUCUGGUUCACGAACGCUGCUUGGAAUGCGCGGAUGCCGGCUUAGCGAAAUUGACGUCGAGUGAUUGAGGCUUCUGACAAGAGAGCGUUUGCGCCUUUGACGUCUUCGAACUGAGUCUCCACGGAUAGCAGCAGCAUAUCAGGACAAUUCACCUCAAUUACGACUCUAACAACAUUCACAAUGGUUCUCACGCACUCCACCAACCACACCUACUCUCAUCCUUUCCCGACCGUCACCCUCGCCUACUUCCUGCGAUACUCGUCUCCUCAGCUCAACCCAUUCGCCGCUCACGUCCUGAGCACCGACACCAUCUCCAGCCAUGUCGACCCGGAAACGCAGCGUCUCUACACCACCCGCAUUCACCUGAAGAAGAGCCGCAUGCCCAGCGCAGUAUAUAAACUGCUGCCCGCCAGCGUCUCAGGUGGCGGCUCUGGUGAAAAGGCCUCGUACAUUCUCGAGACCAGCGUUGUGGAUAUCAAGCAAGGAUGGAUGAAGACGGAGAGCCGCAACCUCAAUUUCACCGGUGUGCUGUCGGUGGUUGAGAAGCAACACUUCAAGGUGCCGAGCACACCCGAAGCGAUUGCGCGGAACGAGACGGAUGUCAAUUCCAGCGUCUCGUUCAAGUCACGGCUCGGAGAGAAAAUCAGAGGCAAGCUUGGCCAAGCCCAGGAGAGUAGCGGCACCGGCUGGCUACCUGGGCUACUUGGUGGACUUGGCGCAAAGGGCAUUCAACGAAGCAUUGAGAGCCUUGCCUCCACCAAGACCAUUGACCAGCUCAGCAAGAGCCGCGACGGCAUGCGGCUUGUCCUCGAGCGCCUCCGCAAUGGAGGUGUCAUUGGAGUCAUGGAGAAGCUCCGCCAAGAGCGCCAGAGACAAACCAUGACCAUGUAACAACAUCACAACUAUAACAAAAAAGGAAAAAAGGAAAAAAAAAAAAACGACACGAACCAAAAAGGAGCCGUGUGCCGGGCUGGAUGAAACCGUCGGAACAGGCUGGAUAUCGCCCGCAACGCACAUCAAACUUUCAUGAUAACGGAUCUCUGUACCCCUACAUUGUAUACUACCACUCUUGUUUUCCCCUUUCUAACCUUAGCAAGGCGCUGCAUGGUUCUUUAUUUGAUAUUAUAUUGGCGUUAUUAGGACCGCAAAAAAUGGCCGCGGUGGAGUCGAAGUGCUGGCUUGCUGAGGAACAAGAACAAUUUCCUUUGCUGUACCAAGUCACGCAUGUGGAAGAAAAGUGUGACAUCCCCUCUCUUGCAUUGGGCCAAGAUAUUCUUUAUGAAAAAAGGAAUAAAAUUAUUCAAAACGAU